CGAGCCGUUGUCUCGGUUCCGCGAGGUUAAAAAGUUGCAAGUCAACAUUUAUUGUAAAAGGCGGUGAAUUUAGGGACUAUUUAAAAAGAUGACAACGGCCGGACGAGGAUUCAGAGUCUGCGCGUUGUGACGUCACAGGAGCAGAAAUCCUCCCCGAGCGGUUCCGGAGGCGGUGCCGUUUCGGGCCGGCGGCGAAGGAGUCUCGUCGCACUCCUCUUGAGCUGGUUCCGGUGGUGCGAACAUGCUGCGAGUCCCAGCGGCGGCCGGACGCCACUCGUGGCGGGGUUUGAAAGUUUGGGCCUCUCGCGCCUGCGUGUCGGUGAGGAACGAGCCCGUCCUCCGCUACGAACGCGCAAGUUCCGAAAGACGACAACUGCUGCAGGCGCUGGAGCGGGUCAAGUCCGUCACGGAGGAGAUUCCCUGCGUGGUCGGCGAUGAACACAUUUGGACCGAUGACGUCCGAUACCAAGUGUCGCCCUUCAAUCACGCACACAAAGUGGCAAAGUUCUGCUACGCCGACAAGGACGUGAUCCGCAAAGCCAUCGCGGCCUCGGUGGCGGCGCGGCGCGAGUGGGACCUGAAACCCGUGCGGGACCGAGCGGCCGUCCUCCUCAAGGCGGCGGACGUGAUCGCCGGACCCAAACGGGGCGAGUUGCUGGCCAAGACCAUGGUCGGACAGGGCAAAACGGUGAUCCAGGCGGAGAUCGACGCGGCGGCCGAGCUCAUCGACUUCUUCCGCUUCAACGCCAAACACGCCGUCGAGCUGGAGGAGGCGCAACCGCUGAACGCCGAGGGCAGCGUCAACAGCGCCAUCUACCGCGGCCUCGAGGGCUUCGUGGCCGCCGUGGCGCCUUUCAACUUCACCGCCAUCGGCGGCAAUUUGGCGGGGACGCCGGCCGUCAUGGGCAACGUGGUCCUGUGGAAGCCGAGCGACGCGGCCGUGUCGGCCAGCUACGCCGUCUACCGCGUCCUGCGCGAGUGCGGCCUUCCUCCCGACGUCGUCCAGUUCCUCCCGGCCGACGGUCCCGUCUUCGGAGACGCCGUCACGUCCUCGGAGCACCUGGCGGGAAUCAACUUCACCGGCAGCGUGCCGACCUUCAAGCGCUUGUGGAAGCAGGUGGCCCACAACUUGGACACGUACAAGAACUUCCCCAGGCUGGCCGGAGAGUGCGGCGGCAAGAACUUCCAUUUUGUCCACAAGUCGGCGGACGUGGGCAGCGUCGUGAACGGGACGGUGCGAUCGGCCUUCGAGUACGCGGGCCAGAAGUGUUCGGCCUGCUCCAGGAUGUACGUGCCCGCCGCCUUGUGGCCCGACGUCAAGCGGCGGCUGCUGGCCGCGCUCCGACAAGUCCGCGUGGGAGAUCCCGUGGAAGACUUUGGCGUCUUCUUCUCUGCCGUCAUCGACCACAAGUCGUUUGCUCGCAUCAAGAAGUAUUUAGACGAGGCCAAGCGUUCGCCCGAGCUGGAAAUCAUCGCCGGGGGCCACUGCGACGACUCCAAGGGUUACUUCGUGGAGCCCACCGUCAUCGUCGCCGCGGACCCGCGACACCCCGUCAUGACCGAGGAGAUCUUCGGUCCGGUUCUGUCGGUCUUUGUGUAUCCGGACGCCGACUAUCAAGAGGUUCUGCGUCUGGUGGACCGCACGUCUCCUUACGCGCUCACAGGCGCCGUCUUCGCCCUGGACAAGAACGUACUGGAAGAGGCGUCCGAAAUCUUGAGGAACGCCGCGGGGAAUUUUUACAUCAAUGACAAGUCUACGGGAUCCGUUGUGGGGCAGCAGCCGUUCGGGGGCGCCAGAGCUUCAGGCACAAACGACAAGCCCGGCGGGCCGCACUACGUCCUGCGCUGGACGUCCCCCCAGGUCGUCAAGGAAACGCACGCGCCCCUCACGGAGUGGACGUACCCGUACAUGGCCUGAGGGCCCCGUCGCCGCCGCCGCCGCCGCCGCCGUCCAAUCGCACAAAACCGUCCGGCUUGGUCCCGCCCGUUUUACGCUGAACUGCCGGAAAUGUUUUUAAAAAGUUUUAAAUACGCCUACUGAUCAUGAUUAAUAUUAAUUAUAAAUGUUGGGAAAAUGUGGGCGUGAAGGAUCUGACACGUUUUAUCCCACAAACGCGUUGUAGAUGUUGUGAAACAAUUAUAUUUGGACAGACUUUAAUAAAUGAAAAAAAGUGACAUCACA